CUGCCUGCAGUCGAAUCCACAGUUACUCCGCAGGCUUCGCUAUCGCCUCUGUGUUGUUGACGGAAACUAUUCAUGCAGCCUACUUUGUCAGCGAGCACGGACAUAACAUACAUUUAGUCAUCGGGCACGAAGAGCCUGUAGCCUAUUGAUCGAUCUAAUCGUAUUGUGCAUGAUGUUCUAACUUUACGCACGUAGAAUAGACUAGGCAACAUCAAUCCACAUCAAGGCACUUGUUGAUUUGAAUAGGCUUCCUCACAGCCGUCCGCUGCUUGGGAGUACUACUUAGUUUUUUGGGGGGGGUGACCUGCGGCUACAAAUGGAUCGUAGUCCAUUGGGAGGUUGUCAUUAGUUUACCCAGGUUGUGUGUUACAGAGGCGGCUACAGAUGGCGAUGAUCCUCGGCUUUUAAGAGGUGGACAGCCCGGCAGCAUCCUUCAGGAACGUCAACAUCUUCACUAUCAGCUACCAGGGAGGGGGCAUGGGCAACCAGGUGGAUAAAAUGAAACUGUCACAUCUAAGUUACGCAGAAGUUCCCACAGUGGACCCCAACGGGCUGGACACUGAGGAGGGUCCUCGGAUCGGAGUGUCAUACAUUUUCUCAACAGAUGACGAGGAACAGGAGGGUGAAAACAGUAACGUAGACGGAGCAGAUAAGGAGCACCACACUGGUACAGAACAGAAACACUACGACAAGCGCAACGAGGUGGAUUGCGCUGUUUACCACCGCGAGGAAUGUAUUUAUGAGAAGAGCGUCAAGACCGCGGGCAUGGAAAUAUACUCCCCCGAGAAUCUACUACACAAAUGCAAGGCAGGUGACCUGGUGGAGUUUGUAACCACGGGGCAGUACCCCCACUGGGCGGUGUAUGUCGGUGACUUCCAGGUGGUGCACCUGCACAGAGCAGAGAUAAAGAACAGCUUCCUGACAGACGCCAGCCAGGGAAGGAGAUGUAGGAUAGUCAACGAGCUGUAUAAAUUCAAAGCCCUCAGCGCCGAGAUGGUGGUUCAGAACGCUAUGGAACAGGUAGGAGCUAAAGACAGAGAGUUGAGCUGGAGAAAUUCAGAGUGCUUUGCCGCUUGGUGCAGGUUUGGCAAACGGGAGUUCAAAAUGGGCGGGGAGAUCCGGAUAGGAAAACAGCCAUACAGGUUAAAGAUCCUGAUGUCAGAUAAACAGUCUCACUUGCUGGAGUUUCAGUGUUUAGAGGACUUGGUCAUGGAGAAGAGGAGACACGACCAGGUGGGAAGGACAUCAGUGGUCCAGGAGCUGGCCAAUCAUUUGAACAGUGUGGAAGAGAUCAAAAGGAAUCCACUCAGUGAUCCAAUAACUGCACAGAUUGCUCGGUGAUCUGAUGGAUUUAAGAUGAUGAUGUCCCUUUCCUAUCUAAUCACAGACCACUAAGUGGAGUACCAAACACACAUUUUAUAAUACAUGUUGAUUAAUAGAAUCAAAUGGCACAUUCUGUUUUUUGAAGAAUAGAAUCAAAUGGCACAUUCUGUUUUUGAUGAAUAGAAUCAAAUGGCACAUUCUGUUUUUUGAUGAAUAGAAUCAAAUGGCACAUUCUGUUUUUGGAUGAAUAGAAUCAAAUGGCACAUUCUGUUUUUGGAUGAAUAGAAUCAAAUGGCACAUUCUGUUUUUGGAUGAAUAGAAUCAAAUGGCACAUUCUAUUUUUUGAUCAAUAGAAUCAAAUGGCACAUUAUGUUUUUGGAUGAAUAGAAUCAAAUGGCACAUUCUGUUUUUGGAUGAAUAGAAUCAAAUGGCACAUUCUAUUUUUUGAUCAAUAGAAUCAAAUGGCACAUUAUGUUUUUGAUGAAUAGAAUCAAAUGGCACAUUCUGUUUUUGAUGAAUAGAAUCAAAUGGCACAUUCUGUUUUUGAUGAAUAGAAUCAAAUGGCACAUUCUGUUUUUUGAUUGAUGGAGAAAAUUGUCUCAAAGGUGCAGAAUAUGAUUUGUUUAUGGAUCAUAAUGAUUGACAUGAUAAUAUACUUUGCAUGUUUUCAUGUCUCUAACAGGAAACUAUCAUACAAACAUACCUAUAUGCGUAAGGUUAUCUCAUUCUGAUGAAAACAUGUUGCAGAGCAUAGGUUGAUCAAUCAUCUCGCUUAUUGUACCGUACCAAUCAUCUGAGUCAAGUAAAUUAUCAUUACAUCUUUGCAA